CGUCACGUGGCCCCCGGCGCGGGUCACGAGAACAAACACUGUCGCGGAGCUUCCCGGCCGGUGCUCUUGAGGCGGGACAUGGCCAACGUCUCCAAGAAGGUGUCGUGGUCCGGCCGCGACCUGGACGACGACGAGGCGGCGCCGCUGCUGCGGAGGCCGGCGCUGUCCGGGGCGCCGGCCGGGGAGGCCACGCCGCUGCUGAACGGGGCUGCGCCGGCGGCCGCUCGCGCGUCGCCCCACGUGGCCCUUCCCCGGCUGGGACAGAUGAGCAACGUGGAGCUGGACGACGAGCUUCUGGACCCUGACGUGGACCCCCCGCACCCCUUCCCCAAGGAGAUCCCGCACAACGAGAAGCUGCUGUCCCUCAAGUACGAGAGCUUGGACUAUGACAACAGUGAGAACCAGCUGUUCCUGGAGGAGGAGCGGCGGAUCAACCACACGGCCUUCCGCACGGUGGAGGUCAAGCGGUGGGUCAUCUGCGCCAUGAUCGGCAUCCUCACGGGCCUCGUGGCCUGCUUCAUCGACGUCGUGGUGGAGAAGCUGGCCGGCCUCAAGUACCGGCUCGUCAAGGAUAACAUCGACAAGUUCACGGAGCGGGGCGGGCUGUCCUUCUCCCUGCUGCUGUGGGCCACGCUGAACUCCGCCUUCGUGCUCCUGGGCUCCGUGAUCGUCGCCUUCAUAGAGCCGGUCGCCGCUGGCAGCGGGAUCCCGCAGAUCAAGUGCUUCCUCAACGGGGUGAAGAUUCCCCAUGUGGUCCGGCUCAAGACCCUGGUGAUCAAGGUGUCCGGCGUGAUCCUGUCCGUUGCGGGAGGAUUGGCCGUGGGGAAGGAAGGGCCCAUGAUUCACUCGGGCUCCGUGAUCGCAGCCGGCAUCUCCCAGGGCAGGUCGACGUCUCUGAAGCGAGAUUUCAAGAUCUUCGAGUACUUCCGCAGAGACACAGAGAAGCGGGACUUCGUUUCAGCGGGAGCUGCGGCUGGAGUGUCUGCUGCGUUCGGGGCCCCCGUGGGUGGGGUCCUCUUCAGCUUGGAGGAGGGUGCGUCCUUCUGGAACCAGUUCCUCACGUGGAGAAUCUUCUUUGCCUCCAUGAUCUCCACCUUCACACUCAACUUCGUCCUGAGCAUUUACCACGGGAACAUGUGGGACCUCUCCAGCCCCGGCCUCAUCAACUUCGGAAGAUUUGACACUGAGACCAUGGUCUACACCAUCCAUGAGAUUCCCAUCUUCAUCGCCAUGGGCGUUGUGGGUGGUAUUCUGGGAGCCGUGUUCAACGCCUUGAAUUACUGGCUGACCAUGUUUCGGAUCAGGUACAUCCACAGGCCCUGCCUGCAGGUGAUCGAGGCCAUGCUGGUGGCCGCCGUCACAGCCACAGUCGCCUUCGUGCUGAUUUACUCGUCCCGCGACUGCCAGCCCCUGCAGGGGAGCUCCGUGUCUUAUCCCCUCCAGCUCUUCUGCGCAGACGGCGAGUACAACUCCAUGGCCGCGGCCUUCUUCAACACCCCGGAGAAGAGUGUGGUCAGCCUCUUCCACGACCCCCCCGGCUCCUACAACCCCAUGACGCUCGGCCUCUUCACGCUGGUCUACUUCUUCCUGGCCUGCUGGACCUACGGGCUCACGGUGUCGGCUGGCGUCUUCAUCCCGUCCCUGCUCAUCGGGGCCGCCUGGGGCCGCCUCUUCGGCAUUUCCCUGUCCUACAUCACCGGGGCUGCGAUCUGGGCGGACCCUGGCAAGUACGCCCUCAUGGGAGCGGCUGCCCAGCUGGGUGGCAUCGUGCGGAUGACGCUGAGCCUGACGGUCAUCAUGAUGGAGGCCACCAGCAACGUGACCUACGGCUUCCCCAUCAUGCUGGUGCUCAUGACCGCCAAGAUCGUGGGUGACGUCUUCAUCGAGGGCCUGUACGACAUGCACAUCCAGCUGCAGAGCGUGCCCUUCCUGCACUGGGAGGCCCCCGUCACCUCGCACUCGCUCACCGCCAGGGAGGUGAUGAGCGCGCCGGUCACCUGCCUGCGGAGGAGGGAGAAGGUGGGCGUCAUCGUGGACGUGCUGAGCAGCUCGGCCUCCAACCACAACGGCUUCCCCGUGGUGGACAGUGCCGACGCCGCGCAGCCGCCGCGACUCCAGGGCUUGAUCCUGCGCUCCCAGCUCAUCGUCCUGCUGAAGCACAAGGUGUUCGUGGAGCGCUCCAGCAUGGGCCUGGUGCGGCGCCGGCUGCGGCUGAAGGACUUCCGCGACGCCUACCCACGCUUCCCCCCGAUCCAGUCCAUCCACGUGUCGCAGGACGAGCGCGAGUGCACCAUGGACUUGUCCGAGUUCAUGAACCCCUCGCCCUACACGGUGCCCCAGGAGGCGUCCCUGCCGCGCGUGUUCAAGCUCUUCCGGGCCCUGGGACUCCGGCACCUUGUGGUGGUGGACAACCGCAAUCAGGUGGUCGGACUGGUGACCAGGAAGGACCUGGCCAGGUACCGGCUCGGGAAGGGGGGCCUGGAGGAACUCUCUCUGGCUCAGACAUGAGGCCCUGGCCUCAGCACCUCUUCUGGGCGCCCGCCUCGCUCCCCGGGCGGCAGCGGAUCCAGUGUUCUCCAUAUCUUGGGGACGGCCUGGCCUGGCCUCUGAUACCCAUGGGCUCCUGGCAUUCAUGGUGCCCUUCCCCCCAAGCCCCUUGGAUGCCACCUGCCAGGCUUCCAUUUUCUCACUACCAGGAAUCAGUUGUGCAGCUUCUGCUCUCUCUUGGGGAGUGUGUGUCUGCACGUGUGCACGCUUUGCACGUGUGCUUAGCAGCUGGCGUGCUGGGCCCUGUGGGUCCGAGUCCAUGGCCCCCCGCGCAGGGCGCGUAGCCUGGGAGGACCAUGCUUUGAGCACCGCCAGCUGGAGCCGGGGUGACUGGAGGCAGAGACAUGAGCCGGAUUGGGAGCCGGACUGCCUGGAGGACAGACCCCAGACUCAGCACGUGCACCCCGGGCCCCCCCUGCGGGGUGGUAGGGCUCUGCACUGGGGUCCCGGCCAAGGGGCAGAGCUGGGACUCUCCCGUGGGUCUGGACCCUGCAUCCAGCCACACUGUGUCCGCGCCCCAGGGAGGCGGGGCUUCCCGCACAUGGUUUGGCUCAGGGCCCCCCGACCCCCCCCACCCCCCCGGGGCGGCUCUUCUUCUAGUGUUGGGGCAGGUGGUUUUGGGGAUGAACUGGGGAGGCCAGAGCAGGGGUCCACUCCUUCCAGGCUGGGUCAUGGGGGAUCCUGUUUUCUAAAGUGACUCCUGUCGCCAUUCUGCUGCUCUGACAAGGGACACGGAUGCCUUUUCAGUGGUUGGGCGGUACACCUCGGUUUUAGCCCUUUUCGAGGGUGUGGGCCUCCACUCCCUGGCGGGGAGCCCUCCACGGGGGGCGCCAGGGGCCAAGUGUGGGGUCUGAAUGGGAGAAAUAAAGGAAUUGUACCCAGA